CGUCGGGGGGAAAAUAAUCGGUGACGUCCCUUGCUUCCUUUUUGUUGGGCGGGAGGCUCUCGUUGUUGAUAGAUUGCCAAUGGCCAAUCACAGCGCUCCGUCGAACACCUCUGUGGAUAAGCGGCCAAUCCGUGCUCUUGCUCCAACCGUCAGUCAGCACCGAUUUUUGGAUGGGGGGCGGGACGUACGGUCGGCUGUAGUUCCGUCAUCUUGCUUGUCUCCGAGGCUACAGGGGGCCAGUGUUGAUUUAGGCGAUUUACCGCCGUCGUCAGGCCCUCUGACAUUUAAUUUUUUAAAGCCUGGCUCCGGAGUGUAAGGUGGCCAGCUUUCAGUAGAGAGCAUUGCCUUCCCGCCGUCGGUACGUGUUUUUGGGCUGGGGAGAGGUGGGCAGCCGGGGGGCCUCGUCGGGGGCUGCAAGGAGGGAUAGGCGAAGGCUGGAUCCGCGUCAGGCUAGCUCCGCUGAACUCGGCCUGACAGUCCAGAGGAGCCCCAGCCAUCGAGAUACCAGGAGCUCCCUGGUACCUUCGCAUGAUUGCGAGCUCGGGUCACUCUGCUUUUUUUUUUUUUUUUUUUUUUUUUUUUUUUCCAUUUUUUAAAAAUUUGGAAUCAGUAGCCGGUUGUUGGUGACUGUGGAAUGAGUGAGGGAGCGAGCGAGCGAGCGGUUGAGUGAGUCCACUGCACGGUAUCCCAUCUCGCCCUCCUUGUCUCAUCAACAACAGCUGUCAGCCUGUUAAGGAAUACAGAGCUCAAACGCUGCACACCGCUUGGAUUUAGGAAACCACGUCCACAGCAGAUCGUGCACGGACCGGCUUGUGGAGCGUGGAGGGCGGGUGAGAGAGCCACGGAUCGCCCGUCGACAGGUUGUCAUCAUGGGCAACGCGCCCACAGCCAGGAAGGGCAGCGAGAUGGAAAGCGUCAAGGAGUUCCUUGCUAAAGCCAAAGAGGACUUCCUCAAGAAGUGGGAGAACCCUGCACAGAACACUGCUUGCCUGGAACAGUUUGAGAGGUUGAAAACCCUUGGCACUGGCUCGUUCGGCCGCGUCAUGUUGGUGAAGCACAGAGAAACAGGGCAGCAUUAUGCCAUGAAGAUCCUCAACAAGCAGAAGGUGGUGAAGCUCAAGCAGAUAGAACACACUCUGAAUGAGAAGAGGAUCCUACAGGCGGUCAGCUUCCCUUUUCUGGUGCGAGUAGAGUACUCCUUCAAGGAUAACACUAACUUAUACAUGGUGAUGGAAUAUGUCCCAGGUGGAGAGAUGUUCUCUCAUCUACGGAGAAUUGGCAGAUUUAGUGAGCCUCAUGCUCGGUUUUACGCAGCUCAGAUUGUUCUGACGUUUGAGUACCUGCACGCUUUGGACCUGAUCUACAGAGACCUGAAACCUGAGAACCUGCUCAUAGACCAACAGGGCUACAUACAGGUGACAGAUUUUGGCUUCGCCAAACGUGUAAAGGGGCGGACCUGGACACUGUGUGGUACCCCAGAAUAUCUGGCCCCGGAGAUUAUUCUCAGCAAAGGUUAUAACAAGGCUGUAGACUGGUGGGCGCUGGGCGUGCUCAUCUACGAGAUGGCAGCAGGGUACCCUCCUUUCUUUGCUGACCAGCCCAUUCAGAUCUAUGAAAAGAUCGUAUCGGGGAAGGUGCGUUUCCCAUCUCACUUCAGUUCAGACCUGAAGGACCUCCUGAGGAAUCUGCUACAGGUGGAUCUCACAAAACGUUAUGGAAACCUCAAAAAUGGGGUCAACGACAUCAAGGGACACAAGUGGUUUGCAACCACUGACUGGAUUGCCAUCUACCAGAGAAAGGUGGAGGCUCCCUUCGUCCCCAAGUUUAAAGGUCCAGGCGACACCAGCAACUUUGACGACUAUGAGGAAGAGGAGAUCCGCAUCUCCUUCACUGAGAAAUGUGCCAAGGAGUUUGCUGAGUUCUAGAGUGUAAGGAGAGGGGGAGGAAAACAGGGAGAGUCAGAGAAAGGCUGGUCAAGAGGGAGAUAUAAGGAGAGAGUGCUGUCUCCUGUCCAAUCACAAGCACCAGCGACGGAGAGAGGAAAAAUGGGAUGGGGGGUGGGGGGUGGGACUGAUAACCAGCAGUGUUGCCUUUUCUGUUGCAUUUUUUGUAUUUUAUUUAUUAUACUGUCUUAUUUAUGAAUCCCUUUGCAAUGAAGGUGUAUUUGAGAUUCAUGGGUGUUGAGAACCCCUGUUAUUUAGAGUUGCCUCUACAUCUUUUCACUCAAGACCUUCCCUACUCCUUUAUUCUUUCUUUUAUCCACACUUGCAACACAAGAUAGGGAAAUCAGUCCAUCUGUUCCAGCCUGCUGCAAUGGAUCGGUCGUUUCAUGAAGCCCACCAACUCUUAUAUGAGUUUUGGUCUCGGUCCACAAAAAGCUUUUGACAACAUUAAAAACCAUGAUCUAAGCUGGCUUGCUCCUUUCCAGGGGAGCAACUAUUCCCAUUAAAAUAAAAAUUGAAGUGAAUCAGUUUGAUGUACCAAACAUUAUCCAACAUGAGUUCAAAUUGCUUUGGCCUUUGCUAAAGCAGUUUGAUCUGCCAUCAUCAACUGUUUAACCCUUUACCUUAUAAACUCUAGACAGUGCCCUCAUUGGCACACUUGGCCAAGUUGAGCCAAAAGGCUGUUAAAAAAACAACAACAUACAAAUGAUGUCAUGUAUUGUAUGCUCAAAGUAUUUUCAGUCAGAGACAGUUGAGGAAAAUUAUCUAUAGGUUGGCCUUUAUUUUUAAAGACGCUGCCACAGUUUCAGGCAUCUUGUCUUGUGCAGUCAACAAAGUGGCAUCUCAGGUGUGCAUACACAGCACUCGUGAACAUGCCACAGCUAAAAUGAAGCAUUACAGUCUGCAGUUAAAGAAUAUAUACCUGAAAAGGACUUGAAAUGCAGACAGUUACUUUUCUUGCCUUUCAAGAAAUUAUAAGGAAACUUGAGAGGAAAGUAAAUUCAAUUAUAGUUAAGUUUACAGUUUAAUUCUGUCUGUACUUAUUCUCGGUGAAGGCACUAUAAGCAUAGCCAGACUUUAUGCAUACCUACAGCGCUCACUUUUAAAUGUUAUUAGAGAUUCCAGUGUUUCCAAUGAUAUUGUGUUACGCUUACUAACGAGGAAACAUGGAUAGGGGACCGAAAUAUCUCAGUUUUAAUGGUGAUGUGAUGGCACACCAUAACAAAAUGGUAUCUCAGGUUUGAACAUAUCAAAUAUAGACGUUCUACAUAUAUAUGAAGCAUUAGGCAAAGCAGAUAAAGAGUUUGUGCAUAACACACGUAGGAUACAGAUCUGGGAAUAUAAACAUAUGGGCAUAAUUAAAAGGGAAUUUUGAGAAAAUUUAGACUUUUUGUUAGUGUCUUCCACUCCUCCUCCCACCCCCAUAGUGUAGAUUUGGUUUUGCUAGCUCGACAACUCUGUUUGGUCUUAAAAACACUUGGAUGACUGGCUGGCUCUGCCCAGAGUUCAUUGACUACUGAUGUUGAUUCUGCAUGUUGAAUCAGCCAUUUGGCCCUUGCCAACUCCCAUCGACAGAGACCAUCUGAGGCAGACUACCUCAAACUGCUUGCGGCUGUCAGUCACCAAAGCACUUUGACCAGUCAUCAGUGGUGGUCUGUAUGGUGUGCUUUGGCCUUAAGGUGUUUUAUAGAAACCUGCGUCUGUGUUCAUCUCCCCAGCACCCAGCCCUCUUCUCAUGUCACCUCCUCAGUUACACCACAUUCCGUGUGACAGUCUUACUGUUAAAUUCAUCCCCAUGUCUGUGUUUCAACCACUUGCACUGUUUUUGUUUUAUUUAUUAUUUUUAUGCGAUAUUGAUAAUGAUGUAAUGAUGACUGGCAUUCCUUUCAGUGAGUUUGGAAAAGGUGGUCCACCUGGAGGUAGAUGGAGCUUGUAAUGAGAAGGAAGAGGCAAAACUGUUUUGUGCAGGGUGUACAACUUGCCUGUUUAUUACACACAGUACAUAGCACUUCAGCUGUUCAGUGCCUCUGUAGCUCCUUAGCUAUAGCGGCAAUUAGCCUGAGAUGGUGUAGGGAUUGUUAAUUUGAAAUUGAUGAAAUAAACCAAGUGACACUGGUGUCUGUUUCAAACAUUAAAAUGCCUUCUUUAUAGCUUUAUUUUAAUGUGCCACCAUAAAUAAGGUAUUUUAACUUGUUUAGUACAGAAUGAAUGGUGCCUUGGUUUUUCCCUCUCAUUAUUUUAACCUCUAUAGCUGUCUUUGAAUAAAAUGAGUCCUUCGUUUCCAAGACAUUACUGGGAAAUACAGCUAGAACUUUUGUUAGAAUUAUACAUUUAGGAUGAUACUAAAUGGCACAUACUGUACCCUACCGUCAAGUAAUUUGCAGUGUAGGUCUAGAUUAUCUCUUUCAGAUGAAAAACCUGCAACCUUUAGUCAAACCUCGCCUCCAUUGUAAACAGCCUACAUGUAAGCACUGCUAAUUAGGAUGUUGCCACUCAAUGACUGUGUACCUAUGAAAGGAGUUCAUAUCACUUGCAAGGCAACCACGUUACAAACAUGAACCAAGGGUGCAUCUUACCUGCCAGCUCUCCCUGUGUUGCCUCUCUUCUGCCCAUUACAUUUACUUGGCCAACACCAAGUAUCAUCAACAGUGUUAGACUGUUGAGUCAGCCCAAGUGUUGCUCUCAUUCACAAAGAAGUGAAAUGGUUUAAAGACUCAAAAUUUUGUUGACCACUCAAGACAAAGGCAUGAUGCGUGGGAAUGGAACAGAUAGUGGUUCAGGAGGAAGUGCAGCGUGGUUACAUGCCUACUUGUAGAAGCAGGCCUACUGGUUAUAAUGGACUCAUUUACAAACAACUGAUUAUUAUUAUUAUUAUUAUUAUUAUUAUUAUUAUUGUAUUGUUGUAAACCACUUGUUGAGACUCCACGUUCACUGUAUUUCAUUCAUGUCAAGUUUAAUGUUAACGAUAUCAUCAUGGACAAAUGUUUGAAGUUAUAAUACAAUAUUAUUCUGUGUCUCCUCGAUGUUUUUGCGGUGAUACAACUUCCUCUUGAUGCAGGCACAAUGCUGGUACAUACUGUCGCACUUUUUAGGGAAAUGAGACCCCAGUGUAAACCAUGUUACCCCCCCCAUCCCCCCCCCCCCAACACACACACACACACACUGCAAAGGGAAGCGUCUGAAGUCACAGAGACAGUGACG